AUGGCCGUCGAUCCGGCGACCAACGGCCCGCGGCCGGCCGAGCACCUCCUCCCCGCGGCCGGCUCCUCGCGGUCGCCCCCCCGCAUGCGCCGACCACCGCCGCAGGCCGCGCCUCCCGCCGCCACGCCAUGGCCUCCACCGCCGCGCGCAUGGCCCACGCCGGAUCCAGCCGUGGACGGAGGAGGGAGGAGGGAGGAGCGAGUAGGGAGGAGGGAGGCGAGCGGCGGGCUCCAGGCGAGGGAGGGGGAACGAGGACGAGGGAGGAGGCCCGCCGCCGCCGAGCGCUCCGCCGCCGUGCGGCAGCUCGACCGCUCCCGCCUCCGCUCCGCCCCUACUCCUCCACCUCCUCCACUGCCGCAGCUCACGGCCGCAGCAGGGGAGGGCCGCGCCCGGUGCAGCGGGCCGCCGCCGCCAUGGCCACCGCGCGACGAUCUGAGGGAGCAGGUGAGGGCCGCGCCGCCCAUGGCUACCAAGAGGAGGAGGCGCGUGUGGGGCCCCCGCUCCGCCGCGAGGCCCGCUCCUCCUCCGCCUCGAAGGCGCGCCGCCGCCCUGGAUCCGCCGCCGCCGCCGCCGCCGCCGCGCGAGGCCGCCGCGGGAGACCGCCGGGGAGGGGAAUCCGAAGGAGCAGGGGAGGGCCGCGCCGCCCCUGGGGCCUGGCUUCUCGACCCUUCGCGAGAGCGGCGAGGCGGCCGACGCCUCAUCCCCCACCUCGCGCCCUCAGCCUGUAUUGCUCUCCUCCACCCGUGUUGCCAUCCACCGGGGGCGUCCAGGACCUUCGGCACCUCGCCGUCUCCGGGGACGUGCCUCCUCGCCAACGCCGACAAUUUUGAUGCGGUGCUACUGUCCGCCCCGGCGGUUGCGGUGGCGGAGGAGCAGCAAGAGGCGGCGAGGGAGGUGGAGCGCGGCCUCCUAGAGCUGCAGCAAGUGUUCCUGGACAAGGCGCUGGUGGAGGCCCAGGGCGCGCCGCGGCUGCCGCGGGCGACGUGGGCGCGGUGGAGGCUGAGUUGCGGGAGGCCCGGAGGCUGCAUGCUGAGGCGCGGCGGAGGCGGUUUUGCUUGGCCGGCGGACUCGCGGCGCUUCUGCUCGUCGCCGUAGCUAUUGCUGUUGUAACGGCACUCGUGUUGGAGCGCAGAGGCGGCAGCGGCGGCGAAAACCUUCUGCUGCAGAUCGCUGCGAACUUGCCCGCGUAGUGAAUACCUUGGGAUGACGUGAUUUCAGCAUUUGUGGCCGUGAAGAAGCAAGACGCUCGAAAAACAACAACAAUCUCAAUCUCAAAUCUCCAUGAGUGACCACGAAGGAAGUGAGACAGAUACAAGUUUCUUCAGGCGGUAAGCAAAUAUCCUUUCCUUUCCACAUAUGUUGAUUGAUUUUUGCUCCUUGUACAUAGAUUACAUUCCUUUGCUUUCAAUCUCCCUCCCAGUUACUACACAUGUAAAAUCAGUUCUCCAUCCUUUUUGUUGUGUGCACAACCUGGAAAUUCCAUAGGAAAAUGAUAACAGUGAUAUCGAAUGCUCAGAUCUUGUACAAAAUUUAGCUUUUCAAUCAUAUAAGAGGUAAUUGAUCUUUGGUCUAUCCUAUUUAAAAUUUUAUUGACUUGAUGUUCCUUACACCAGCCAAAGAGAUAUCUAAAAGCUGGAGUCAUUUUUGUUGUCCUAAACAGCUUAAAAUUGGGGGCUACAAUCUUAUUUAUCAGGUAUGCAUUCAAACUGAGUAGUACAAAUAGUAAUCACCAAAACUUUACAGUACAACAUACCUUUCUUAUAAAAAUCAUAUUUGCCUAUGCAAUUGUUUCUAUUACUGACCAAAUAAUCAUGUUCAGAGUUCUGCAUAAACAAGAAUGAAUGUGUCCAUAUAUGCGGCUGACAAGGGCAUCUAACUGAUGAGAGCAGCAAAUAGAAAUCAACUUAUAGGAUAGUACAUAACGUAAACCUACAAGUACUCUUUGCUUAUCAAAGCCAUAACAAAUAAAGAAGGAACACAUCUUAAGACAACUUUGCUUCUGUCAUAUCUACACAUUCCCUAUAUUUGUCAAAAAUGCUAUAGCUACAGCAGCCACUUUAGCAAACUCGAUUUCGACAAUAACUUUUGUUAUAACCAGAGUUCUUUUUUUUACUAUGCUCAUCGAUUACUUGAAUACAACGUCCUGGUCUUUAUUCCUCAGCUAAGGGCUACUGUAAAAAGAUCAGCCAUCCAGUUCUUGAUUGGUUCUGUGUUGGAGUGAAGUGAUAAACCAUUCCUGUCAUGGCAUUGACAUGUAUGCUAAAUUGAGCACCUGCACCCUCUGCUGUCUUUAGAUGAUCUAUAAGCAGCUGUAUUAUAUAAGCAGCUUUGGUUGGCAAGAGAAGAUUUCAGGAAUCUACUGACAGUAAAAAUACCAAACUUGGUUACUCCACCACAAUGAGCAUUUCGAGGUUCUAACUAAAAGCAGUUGAUCAGGUUAUGUCCCAUGGCAAAAGUAGUUGAGAGAGAGAGAGACUACAUAGAAAUACUCAUUUGCAACUACCGAUAUAAAUAUUACAGUAAUGAUCAUGUGGUGCUUGAUCUCCUGUAAAUUCAUAAUACAGGUUGCAAUUCAAAGCCAUAUAGCAGCUUGCUUUAUUUGAUCAAA